AUGACGACGUACCAGUACGAACCUCUUCCGGGCACAGAUCAGAAGCACAUUCGCCUGUUGCAGCUCUUGCCAGGAUGCGAGGAAGACCCUGUCCGUUGCUCGAUCCAAGCCGAGCACAUCGACAAUGUGCCCCGCUACGAAGCGGUCUCGUACGUGUGGGGUGAUCGAUCGGACACCGCGGAGGUGCUCUGCCACGGAAUGCCUUUAUCAGUGCCGGCAAAUCUCGUCGAUGCCUUGCAAAGGUUCAGGAAGAAAACGGAUCCUCGAAUGCUCUGGGCGGAUGCUAUUUGCAUUGACCAGAAAAACAUCAAAGAGCGCGGGGAGCAGGUGCCGCUCAUGGGAAAGAUCUUCGAAGGUGCCAAACGAGUUCUUGUUUGGCUCGGGCGCGGUGAAGAC